AUGCAUAAUAUAUUACGAUUAUGGAACGCAACGCAAAAUGCACCGUUGGAUUUGAGUAGAAAUGGAGCUGCAUGGAAAACUAGUGUUGUUAAUACUUUUAAAUUUCAACGAUGUCUUCCUUGCCAAACUUGCGGUAAAAGUUUCGACAGACCUUCACUUUUAAAAAGACAUCUACGAACCCAUACAGGAGAGAAACCACACGGCUGUACGAUAUGUGGUAAAAUGUUUAGCACAAGUAGCUCGUUAAAUACCCAUAUUAGGAUUCAUACCGGUGAACGUCCUCACGAAUGCCCGAUGUGUGGAAAACGCUUUACCGCCUCAUCGAAUUUAUAUUAUCAUCGUAUGACGCAUUACAAGGAGAAGCCACAUAAAUGUGAUGAGUGUGGACGAUCCUUUCCAACUCCCGGUGAUUUAAGGGCUCACGGGUAUUCUCAUACUGGUAACUGGCCAUUACGUUGUCCAGUGUGUAACAGAGGAUUUUGUAAAGUUGGCGCCUUACAUCAUCAUAUGAAAUCACAUGACGAUCAUUCUUAUCGUUGUAAUAUCUAUAAUCAGAAGCCUCCCAUGAUCAGUAAUUUACGAAUUUAUGAACAUCAAUAUAAUUCUCAUGUGUCAAAUAACAGCACAAAUGAUUACAUGAAUAUGCAUAACGGUAUUGCAAACAUAGAAAUUAUCAAGUUUGAAAGCCUCGGUAACAAUUACAUGCAAUUACCUGCAUUGUAUCCAUGGUCUUCUUGGAUGUCAUCACAAUUUCAAAACUAA